AAAUUGGACUUCAGAAUUAUUGUUAAGGAUUUCCAUAAUAAUGAAUUCGACAUCACUACUGGAAAGCUGGCACGGCAUUCGUCAACAACUCCUUCAAAAAUGUACAGAGAUUUUUUAAAGUCUGCAUUAACUACUAAGGUACAUCUAAUUACAAUAUCAAAACGAAUGCCGUAUAUCCCGGAAAACAAAAUACAAAACGUUGUUAUCCCAAUGGUUCAAAUAAUGGGAUUAUCUUGUGUUGUAUACGGAAUGAUCGUAAUCGACAAAAAUGAAUAUACAGUAUUAUCACUUUAA